UUGGAAAAAAAAAAAAAACAACAUUUUUAUCCUUUUCCCCUGCAAUAGCAACAAGCAAUCUUCUCUCUCUACGCGUCUAUUCUGAAGAAUCGCCAUUAGACUCGGUCUCUCUUCUCUUCUCUUUCUCUCUCUUCUGGAGGCGACCCUUUUCUAACAGUGCUUUAUUGCCCUAUUUCUUCGGGUCUGUCUUUCCAUUCUCUUUUAGGGUUCCUUUCCUUUUUUGUUUUCUCAUUUCAUCAUUUGUCCUUUUGAAAACUAACCAUCCCAAAACUGUCAUCUAUCCAUCUUCAUUAUUUUCAAUUCUUUCUCUUUCUCCCUCGUUCUCAAUCUCUGAGGGUUGGAUCCUUUUACUUGAUGACGACUUCUGUAAAGAACAACUUCUUACCUCCUGCUCUCGUCUCUAAUCUACAAGAAGUUCUUAUUAGCAGAAAGGGCGGUGAAGAAGAACCUUCCAAGAAGCCCGAUGAAUCCUCCGAAGCUCCUUCUUCUUCCCUCCCCUCUUCUUCUGCUUCGGAAACCGUCAACGAUUGCUCGAAACCCGUUGUUCUAGUGACCAAUGGGGAUGGGAUUGAAGCACCCGGUCUUACCUUCCUUGUUGAGGCACUCGUCCUAGAAGGCCAAUGCAAUGUUCACGUCUGCGCUCCUCAAUCGGAUAAAUCCGUUUCGGGUCACUCUGUGACUCUCCGAGAGAAGCUGGAAGUAAGUUCUGCAGAAAUUAGCAGGGCCACAGCAUUUGAAGUUUCUGGUACUCCUGCUGAUUGUGUCUCUUUAGCUUUGUCGGGUGCAUUGUUUUCUUGGUCAAAGCCAGCGCUGGUCAUCAGUGGAAUUAACAGGGGAUCAAGUUGUGGUAAUCAAAUUUUCUAUUCAGGUGCUGUUGCCGGGGCGAGGGAAGCUUUGAUCUGUGGCGUACCAUCUGUUUCGAUAUCAUUGAAGUGGAAGGAAGGUGAAAGCAGUGAAACUGAUUUCAAAGAUGCAGUUAAGGUGUGCUUACCAUUAAUACAUGCAGCCAUAAGAGAUAUCGAGAAAGGAGUAUUCCCCAAAAGUUGCGUACUGAAUAUAGAGAUUCCCACUUCUCCCUUGACAAACAAGGGCUUCAAAGUCACCAAACAGAGUCUAUGGAGGUCUCUUCCAAGUUGGCAAGCUGUCUCAGCAACCAGGCAUCCAUCUGCUGGGUUCAUGUCCAAUCAACAGAGUCUUGGCCUCCAGCUUGCUCAGCUCAGCCGAGAUGCAUCUGCAGCUGGUGCAGCACGUCGCAUUGGCACGCAAAGAAAAAAUGUGGAGAUUGAAUCUGUUGGGGUUGCUGCAAAACCUGGUUCCCAACGAGUGAAGAAGUAUUUCCGUCUAGAGUUUCUGGAAAGGGAGCAAGAAGAAACAGACGAGGAUCUUGAUUUCAGAGCACUCGAAAAUGGCUUUGUUGCGAUUACUCCUCUAUCAUUAUCGUCAUAUGCUGAAUCAGAAACUCAAGCAUCUGCAUCUGAGUGGAUUGCUGCUGCUCUUUCCAGAGACCAAUAAAGCUUGUUUAGAUUGACGUGGUUGGUAAUUCGGUGUACAUUUGGAAGUGGGGUUAUUUUUAUUUUUUAUUUUUUUAGUUUUCUAUUCAGCAGGCAAAUUUAUUCUGAUUUAUGCUCUCCCUUUCUUCACCCCCAACCCCCCAAAACCUGGGGUUCUUUUAUCUUUCGUGUAUUCAAUGAAGCAUGCGCUUCUCUGUUUAACUUAUAUGUUGUGUAAGAUGUAAAAUCUCCAGUCAGUCUUCUUCUUUUUCUGAUACUGACAAACGUUUGGUUCAGUUUGAAACGAAUGUGGUGUUCCUGUUUAAGUUCGGUGAGUUGAGUUCGCUUGUUUGUAUCUUUUGAUGCAGACUGCAGUGGGGUUUACUUUUUUUUUCUUCUUCCCAUCUCUAUUUCCCCUUAAUACUGAGCUUUGCCUCAAAAAAUGCAAUUUUUGUGGACAUCUAUGUUGUAUUUUAUUCUGUAUCUUCCU